AUGACAUUGCAUGUGCCUCUUAGCUCCAUCUCUUGUUUAUUUGCUUUAAGCUUCUUGGUUACUACUCUUGUUUCUCUGCCUUAUCGUCGCCUUGACCAAGUGGAGAGCCUUCUUGCUUUCAAAAACGAGUUUACUCUGUCAUGCAACAACUCAGUGACAAACUCUUGGACCCUUGACGCUAUCUCCUUUGAUGGGGUUUUGUUUGAUGAAGAUACCGGUGGGGUCACGGAGCUAAAACUUCGUGGUGCAUGUCUCAGCGGAACUCUCGAUGCUAAUAGUAGCCUCUUCAGAUUACAGGAGAUCAAGUAUCUCGAUCUCUCUUACAACGACUUUUCCUCUUCGUUACCCGCAGAGUUUGGGCGACUCACGGACUUAGAGUACUUGGAUCUUCACCAAAACCGCUUCACUGGAGAGCUUCCUUCCUCAAUCAGCAGCAACACCACUGUUUUAACCAAGCUUUAUUUUCUAGACCUUUCAAACAAUAGUCUCCAAGGGAAAGUGCCCGAAUGGUUAUGGAAUCUUCCUUCUUUGACCGCUCUUAGUCUCUCUCACAACUCCCUUGAUAGUUUCGAAGGUUCUCCAGAAUUUCUCCAUAGCUCUUCAGUACUAGUCUACUUGUUUUUGAAUUCAAACGCCUUUCGAGGAUAUUUUCCAAACAUUCCACCAACCGUGAAGUACAUACUUGCAUCAGACAACAAUUUCACAGGAGAGAUGCCUCUUUCUUUGUGCAAUUCAAGGAACCUAUUAUUCCUUGAUCUGUCGAACAACAGGUUAAGUGGUUCGGUUCCAAGAUGCUUGAGUGGAUCACUAGCAUUGUUGAAUCUCCAUCACAACAACCUUAGCAACCUCCCCGACACAUUCUCCAACAGUUCGCUGAAGAUGCUCGACGUCAGCCACAACCAAAUAAGUGGAAAAUUUCCAAGGUCUCUUGUAAAUUGCAAAAGCCUAGAGUUUGUAAAUGUGGAGAGCAAUUGCUUUAGUGACACGUUUCCUUUCUGGUUGGAGUCUUUGCCGAAUCUGCAAGUACUUAUCCUACGAGCAAACAGAUUCUACGGUCCUAUAUCUUCUCCUCACUACCCCUUGACGUUUUCGAAACUGAUGAUAGUUGACAUAUCUCGUAACAUGUUUGACGGGAGCCUCCCACCAAAUUACUUUAUGAAUUGGAGUGCAGCCAUCAGCCUUGCAUAUGAUCGACCGAGAUUGAAAUUCAUCGGCGAUUCUUACUCACUUGGGUUUCAUCCUUCCUUGUCAAUAAACAACAAAGGAAUAAACAUGAUGCUUGAUAGGAUCGUAAACGUUUUUGCAAUCGUUGAUUUCUCUGGAAACAAAUUUGAAGGAGAGAUUCCAGAAUCGAUUGGUCUUUUGAAGUGGCUGAUUAUCCUCGACCUAUCCAACAAUGGUUUCACCGGUCAUAUUCCAUCCUCUCUAGCUAACCUCACGGACCUUGAGUCACUGGAUAUCUCUAGUAACCAAAUUUCUGGGACAAUUCCACAAGAGUUAGGGAAGCUCUCCUUCUUGUCGUAUAUUAACAUGUCACACAACAAACUCACUGGCCAAAUACCACAGGGUACACAGUUUCAAAAGCAAAAUGAGUCUUCAUUUGAAGGGAAUGUCGAUCUAUGUGGCUUUUUUCUUCGAAAGAGUUGCUUGAAAAAUGUAUCAGCAACAACACAUACACAACAUCAAAAUGAAUCUGCAUUUAAAGGGAAUGUCGAUCUAUGUGGCUUCAAGGAAAAUGCAUCAGCAACAACACAAGCAUCUCAUGCUUCCAAAACUAUGCAUACCCUCAAUUCUAGUAACCCCAUGCUUCUAUUCUCCAUCCUCAUAGUCUUUCAUUUUGUUCUCCUUUUCUCUAUUCCACUUUCAACAAGUUUGUAG